AUGAGUGUAUCAAACUCAGAGAGCCCGGGGUCUUCAGCCUACUCCCAGCAACAAGAAGCUGUCAACACACCUACGGGCCAUGAGCAGCAUCAACAAACCCUCUCAAAAGUUGGGAUUAACUUCAACUGGUUGACAAACGCUAUCAAGCAUCUCCUUCAAGAGCCUUUCCCAGAGCCAGGCUCCAUGACCCAACCAUACAUCUACAAUGAAGGGGACUUUCGUGUCAAGAUGGAUGCAUACUUGAGUCUGUGCGACAAGAACAAUACCCGGAUUACCCUCAAUGACGACUUUCCUGAGGACCCUGAGGACCAACAACGCCUUGCCCGAGAGCUUGUCACAGCGAUGACCAACCUAGACUGUGAAGACAAUUCCUCCAAAGUCGCUGUCGCCCGCAUCAAGAAACUCAGCCCUGUCGAGUUCAGCCUCAUGGCCUGGUCCCUCCUCUUCGAGACGAGAGAUGUCCACCGCGGCAAGCUAUCGAUGCCCCGAUGGGGAAAAGAGUGGGAGCUGGAGAGGUACGACACUUUCCAUGAGCGCUUCGAGAUGGUCAAGGACGUCCUUCACAACCGCAAGACGGCCGUCUCCAGCCUAUUUGACUAUGUCUUUGCGAAGCGGUUGGCCCUGAACCCGCGUGCUGAGCUGGGACGCAAGAAGUCGAACACGGUGUCCAACGCAAAGCGUAAGCUGGACCUUGACUUUGCCAAACAACACAGGAGCGGGAAGCGAGCUCGCUCUGGUAAACGCAGUUCCCAGACUGGCCAUACGACUGAUCAGAACAGUCCAACACCACAGGACUCACAGGUGGACCACCACAGCGAGCAGAUGGACGAUGCCGAGGGUAGGGCUAGGAAGCGAGUGAGGACAGAGAAGGCCCCUGAGAUGGCCCCAAUCCCAGCAAUUAUCAACACUCAGAUGGGUCACUACAGCGCCGCGAACGCUUCUGUGAUGCAGCCAGCAAACCGGACGUGGCAUGACGUCUACGGCACUCAUCACAGUCUUGAGCCUCACCCCGGCUCCGGGCAAACGGACUGGCCCCGCACACAAUACGAUAAUGGCCAGCCCAACCCCCAGUUCCACAGUCAGCUUAGAGGCCUGCUCAACAAUCAGCUAGCGAUGAUUCCUUCCGUGCAACGCAAGCCACAGGGGGUGUACUCGACCGUGGAGAACGCAGAGGUGCAUGGCGGAGGACUCGAUACACUGGACGAGGACGAGGAUGAGGAUGAGGGAACAUAUCAGGGCGAGAUGCAGGUUGGAGGCCCGACCUUGGAUAACACAGCUGUGCAUGCGGGAGAAAUCGACACGCUGGAUGAGGACGAGAACGCGAGCACAUAUCAAGGCGAGACGCAGACCGGAGGCUCGUGUGGCAACAGCUACUCUUCGCCUGUGGACACGUUCCAGUCCGAGAGUGAGGAUGGCCAACUGGGACAGAACGAGGCGGGGGACGCAACAGGCCAGCCUGCAUUCUAUCCCAAUCCGCAGCAGGCCUUCCAACAAGAGUUCUCCCCCACUGUUGCUCAGAACGUAACCACUGGCGCCCACUAUCCUUCCGUCACCAACCAGCAGCAAUAUCCUGCAGCACCUGGCGGGGUCGGAGACGCCACUUCUGGACCCUCUGAAGACACCCAACCAUCGUCAGAUGCUCAGCAAGGCCACCAGCUCGAUUCUUCCCCAGAAAGCCUUGGUGAUGUCCGCCAGUGGCUGGUCAACACAGAGUCUGGCGUGGCCCCUGUGCAGGAUCCUUACACCGACAUCCAGAGAGAACAGAGCACUCAGCAGAGCCCGGUCGGAAGUGGUGAGCUUCAAACGACACCAAGCGACAACGGCUCGCAGCCUGAACAGCACCAAGCGACCCAGCACAGUCAAGAGAUGGAGGAUCUUGGUGAUUUCAAUGAGCUCCCGGGAGUGUGGGAUCCUUCUUAUGGAGAGGCGCUGCAGAGGUGGUCGGACCAGGAUAACGGUUUUGCAGGCGGGUUCGAUUGGAAUGACUUUUGA